CUGCUGAUAGUACAGAGCUCUAGAAGUCACUUUGCACAUGCUCAGUUUAGUGUGGAUAUAGUGAAUGCAGGUCCGGGGAGACCAGAUAUAGUGAGUGCAGGGUCCGGGGGACCAGAUAUAGUGAAUUCAGGUCCGGGGAGACCAGAUAUAGUGAGUGCAGGGUGUGGGGAGACCAGAUAUAGUGAAUGCAGGGUCCGGGGAGACCAGAUAUAGUGAGUGCAGGGUCCGGGGAGACCAGAUAUAGUGAAUGCAGGGUCCGGGGAGACCAGAUAUAGUGAGUGCAGGGUCCGGGGAGACCAGAUAUAGUGAGUGCAGGGUCCGGGGAGACCAGAUAUAGUGAAUGCAGGGUCCUG